GUUCUUCCAGACCACGCGACCAAUCCACGAACCGCACGACACAACACCUCGAUCAUGGCUCCCCAACCCGUAUACAUCCUCUCUGCCACGAGAACGCCAGUGGGCAUGUUUCAAGGCUCUCUUUCCAGCCAGACCGCCAUUCAACUUGGAGCUCACGCAAUCAAGUCUGCUGUCGAGCGAGCGGGCAUCAAGCCUGAAGAAGUCGAGGAGGUGUUCUUCGGAAAUGUGAUCUCAGCAAACCUCGGCCAAAACCCAGCAAGACAAUGCGUGAUCAAUGCUGGCCUGCCAGAAGCCACUGUCGCUACCACAAUCAACAAGGUCUGUGCCUCAUCGAUCAAGGCCAUGGCCCUCGGAGCUGCCACGAUCCUCACCGGCGAGGCUGAAGUGGUCGUCGCUGGUGGAACCGAGAGCAUGUCCAACGCUCCUCAUUACCUUCCCAACAUGCGCGUUGGGGCCAAAUUCGGCGACCAAAAGCUCGUGGACGCUCUCCUCAAGGACGGUUUGACCGAUGCCUAUAAGAACGAGCAUAUGGGGCUCCAGGGAGAGGAGUGUGCAUCUGAUCACGGAUUCGGACGGGAAGAGCAAGACGAGUAUGCGAUUCGCAGCUAUAAGAAGGCGAUCGCGGCAGUGGAGAACGGGUGGUUCGCAGAGGAGAUCAGCCCGGUCACAAUCAAGGGCUCUCGGGGCAAGCCAGACACGACCGUGGAAAAGGACGACGAGCCUGGCAAAUUCAACGAGGCAGCAACGCGCAAGCUUCGACCAGCAUUCAAGCCAGAGGGUGGUACGGUCACGGCGGCCAAUGCGUCCCCUCUAUCAGAUGGUGCUGCCGCCGUCGUCCUCGCCAGCGAAGCAUAUGUCAAGCAGCACAACCUCAAGCCGAUUGCCAAAAUUCUCGGCUGGGGAGAUGCUGCUCAGAACCCAUCCAAGUUUACGACCGCACCCGCACUUGCCAUCCCCAAAGCCCUGAAGCAUGCUGGUAUCAAGCAGGAAGACGUGGACGCUUUCGAGAUCAACGAGGCCUUCUCCGUGGUCGCACUCUCCAACAUGAAGCUGCUGGGCAUUACUGAGGAUAAGGUCAACCUCCACGGUGGAGCCGUCGCUCUUGGUCACCCCCUCGGAGCUAGCGGAGCUCGGAUCGUGACGACAUUGCUCGGAGUGCUCAGAGAGAAGAAGACCAAGAUCGGAUGUGCAGGUAUCUGCAAUGGCGGUGGAGGCGCCAGCGCGAUUGUGAUCGAGCGUCUUGAUUAGGUGUAGUCGCAGAUGAAGAAAGAGAGGACCAGAACACCAAAGUCGAACGAAUCCCGAUCGAGUUCUGGUACUGUAGCAUAUUAAUGACAUACCGUCAGACCAACCACGC